ACUUAUAGGGAAAACUUUGGAAAAUAUUUUAAAAUUCAGCCACACCUUAGUUAAAUCAUUUGGGUACACUGUAUUGAAAGCUUGUUCUAACUGAGGUUAUGUGAGUCCGUCUCCUAAUGAUGCGAAUAUUUUAUUUAUAAAUGGUAGUACGGAUAUUCUGGCCAGGCUUUGUGUAAUUGACUCCAGUGACAAAGGAACUGAAAGCUAAAAGCUUCUCAGGGAUCAUCUGUGUGUUGAAAGUUGUUGACUCAAAGGGUGGUAAUAGAAAGAGGAUAAUGUGUGCUUAGUACUAAAUGUUCUCUUCUCUUGGAUUAAGUAGAAAUUUAAUAAUUUUAAGCUGAGAAGCAGAGGAUCCCCCAGUGUAACUUGGAACAACUCUUGGAAGUUUCAGAAAAUAUUUAUUUUUUCUUGUCAAGCGUUUAAUUUCCUCUACUGAAUAUCAUUUUGGACUAUUACUUUUCUAAAAACGGUUAUUAAUCUGCUAAGUUAAUUUUUCAUUCAUUCCACAAAUAUUUGAGAGCCUGUUAUGUAUGAGUCUUAUGAGAAAUGAAAUUGAUACUCAAAAAAUUUUACAAACACAGUUUUCGAAUAAAGGACUUUGACAAUUUUUGGUGUGAGGCAGGGGCAGGAUCACCCAGGCCAUAUGGGAAAUGCUGGGUUUCCAGUUUGUCUCUCAGUUCCUUUUCCACUCCUCUAGUUUACUCAUCUUCACUAGCCAGUAUCCUAGUACGUAUGCACCCACCACAUAUUGGGAGCUUAUUGAAUGUUUAUUAAAUGGAUGAGUUUUAGGUCAGUAAUGAGUAGAGAGAAUUUUGAAAUUGACUGGCGUGAGAGAGAACAUUGGUCACUCUGCUAAGCAGUAGUCUAGAAUGUCGGUUGUUCCCAGACCCUGGGGGAUCUGUUCAUGGCUCUCCUGGAGUGCCUGGUAAAAUCACAUGGUAGUAGAAUUCCAUUAUAAUUACAUGAUGCAGUGUGUUUAUGUUAAUUUAAAAGUAUUGUUGGCACAAACACACAAACUUAAGGUAAUUGUAGAGAAAUUAUGAAUCUUGAUGCUGUGGACACACCCAUCGGCAUCCUUGGACCUCAGUUUGAAAUUAUAGAUUCAAAAGGUGUUUUGGCGUAGGAGUCAAAGCAGCCGUUUACUGGUCGUGUGCUACCACCCACCUGCUUCAUAGCAUGAGCUGAGAUACUUCGCCUCUUUGGGCUUCAGUUUCCUUUUUCCUGUAGUCAGAGAAUACAUAAAGCUAGAUUAUCUCUAAGAGUUCUUCCUGCUUUGAAAUUUUCCAACUCAGUGAAUCCUAUAACCACUUAGCACAAGGGUAACCCUGUGUUGUCUUAGAGGCUAUAGAUAUACUGGUGUUUACAUAUCUGUCAAAAGCUUAAGCCCUUGCCUGACAGGGAUUAGUCUCAGUCAUUUUUGUGUCUCCCAAUUUUAACAUGUGCCUGACACACACGUCAGAGAUAGAGUGCUAUUAGCCUGGAUUCAGAAUGGGCACAUUUGCCCUCUCGAUUAAAGAAUUGCUGAGAACUAAACUGUAGUAUUGAGUGUAAGUAUAGCCGGAAUUCAGAGAAGGGAAGGAUCUGUUGGGGUUCAAGUCCUUGGGAAGGCUUCAUGGAGGUCAGACCUUGAUGGAGAGGAUGUGGUCCUUCGCAGGGAAGGCGUGAACAUCUGGUGGCACAUCAGGAACAAAAGGCCACAGGCUGAUUACUUCUGUAACUACAUCUCCAGUUUGCUUAACAAAGCACAAUGUCUCGAUCACGACAGCCCCCUCUUGUGACAGGCAUCUCUCCAAAUGAAGGAAUACCAUGGACAAAGGUCACAAUUAGAGGAGAAAACCUGGGCACUGGCCCAACUGACCUCAUAGGUUUGACAAUUUGUGGACAUAAUUGCCUCCUGACGGCAGAAUGGAUGUCACCAAGUAAAAUAGUAUGUCGAGUGGGACAAGCCAAAAAUGACAAAGGAGACAUUAUUGUCACAACCAAGUCAGGUGGCAAAGGAACCUCAACAGUCUCUUUCAAGCUCCUCAAACCUGAAAAAAUAGGUAUUCUGGAUCAGUCUGCUGUGUGGGUUGAUGAAAUGAAUUAUUAUGACAUGCGUACUGACAGGAAUAAAGGAAUUCCUCCCUUGUCCCUACGUCCUUCUAACCCCCUCGGCAUUGAGAUUGAAAAAAGUAAAUUUCCCCAGAAGGACUUAGAAAUGCUGUUUCCUGGAAUGAGUGCUGAUUUUACAAGUGAGAAUUUUUCGGCUUCCUGGUAUCUCAUAGAGAACCACUCAACCACCAGUUUUGAACAGCUCAAAACGGCAGUCACCAACCUGAAGAGACAGGCUAGUAAGAAGAGCGAAGGCAGCCUGGCGUAUGUGAAAGGGGGUCUUAGUACUUUCUUUGAAGCACAGGAUGCCCUCUCAGCCAUCCAUCAAAAACUCGAAGCCGACGGAACAGAAAAAGUAGAAGGAUCCAUGACACAAAAACUAGAGAAUGUUCUGAACAGAGCAAGUAAUACUGCGGACACGUUAUUUCAGGAAGUGUUAGGUCGAAAGGACAAGGCAGAUUCCACUAGAAAUGCGCUCAAUGUGCUUCAGCGAUUCAAGUUUCUGUUCAACCUGCCUCUCAACAUUGAGAGGAAUAUUCAGAAGGGUGAUUAUGAUGUGGUUAUUAAUGAUUAUGAAAAGGCCAAGUCACUCUUUGGGAAAACGGAGGUGCAAGUUUUCAAGAAAUAUUAUGCUGAAGUAGAAACACGGAUUGAAGCUUUAAGACAAUUACUUCUGGAUAAAUUGCUUGAGACGCCAUCGACCUUACAUGACCAAAAACGUUAUAUAAGGAGCACAGUCAGUGAAUGUCAGUGUCAGCACGCUGAAUGUCAGCACGUUCGUGUUGGAAGAGGAAGGGGAGAGGAGGCUGGACCAGUGGAGUGGAGAGCACUAAGACUGAUGGCUGCCGCUCCCGAGGUCUGCAGUACACCCACGUGCAGUGCUGGAUGCGCUGUGUACCUGUCUGACCUUCAUGCCCCAGGGGACCCUGCAUGGCAGUGCAUCGGAGCACAGCACAGGUGGAUCCUUCAGCUCAUGCACAGCUGCAGAGAAGGCUACGUCCACGGCCUGCAAGGUACUCCAGGCCUUCACAGUCCCAUGAUCGACCUGGAUAACGAUGUGCGGCCCUCGGUGUUGGGUCACCUUAGUCAGACGGCGUCACUGACGAGGGGCAGCAGCUUCCAGUCCAGCCGGGAUGAUACAUGGAGGUACAAAACUCCCCACCGGGUGGCAUUUGUUGAAAAAUUGACCAAGCUUGUUUUAAGUCAGCUGCCUAACUUCUGGAAACUCUGGAUUUCAUAUGUUAAUGGAAGCCUUUUCAGUGAGUCUCGCCCGUGUGAAGUAACACAUGUGAAUCAAAGCAGUGAAAUGCAGCCGUUGGCCUCACCACAAAGGAGUUUUGGUCUGUGUGUGCAGGAAGGAGUUAAGACUGCUGAGAGGUCUGGCCAGAUUGAAAGAUCAAAGAAUGUAAGGCACAGACAGAAUGAUUUUAAGAAAAUGAUUCAGGAAGUCAUGCACUGUCUUGUGAAGCUGGUCCGCGGAGCCCUGCUCCCACUCAGCAUCUCGGAGGGCGGAGCCAGGCAGCACGGAGGCUGGGAGGGAAAGUCUGAGCUCUCCGGACAGUGGCUUGCUCAUGUCAUCCAGACCAUGAGGCUUACUUAUGAAUCAUUAACUGCCCUCGAAAUUCCUAAUGACAUGUUGCAGACCAUCCAGGAUCUCAUUUUGGAUCUCCGAGUACGUUGUGUGAUGGUCACAUUGCAACACACAGCAGAAGAAAUAAAGAGAUUAGCUGAAAAGGAAGAUUGGAUUGUUGAUAAUGAAGGACUGACUUCUCUAAUGCCCAUGUUUUUCCUUCAGCCGUGUCAGUUUGAGCAGUGCAUUGUGCGUUCUCUGCAGUCACUCAAAGGCGUUCUAGAGUGCAAGCCUGGAGAAGCCAGUGUCUUUCAACAACCUAAAACACAGGAGGAGGUUUGCCAACUAAGCAUCCAUAUCAUGCAGAUUUUUGUACACUGUCUGGAACAAUUGAGCGCCAAGCCUGAUGCUGAUGUAGAUACUGCACAUCUUUCCAUGGAUGUUUCUUCUCCUGAUUUAUUUGGAAGUAUCCAUGAAGACAUUAGUUUGACUUCGGAACAGCGGCUUUUGAUAGUCCUCAGUAAUUGCUGCUACCUGGAGCGUCACACCUUCCUAAAUAUUGCGGAACAUUUUGAAAAGCACAACUUCCAGGGCAUAGAAAAAAUAACACAGGUUAGCAUGGCCUCACUGAAAGAAUUAGACCAAAGACUCUUUGAAAAUUACAUUGAGUUGAAAGCAGACCCCAUCGUCGGCUCCUUAGAACCUGGCAUUUAUGCAGGCUAUUUUGAUUGGAAAGACUGCCUGCCUCCAACGGGUGUCAGAAACUAUUUAAAAGAAGCAUUGGUGAACAUAAUUGCCGUGCACGCAGAGGUGUUCACUAUUUCCAAAGAGUUAGUGCCUCGGGUUCUGUCCAAGGUGGUCGAAGCGGUUUCUGAAGAGCUAAGUCGACUGAUGCAGUGUGUUUCUUCCUUCAGCAAAAAUGGAGCAUUACAGGCAAGGCUUGAAAUCUGUGCUUUGAGGGAUACUGUGGCCGUUCACCUGACGUCUGAAAGCAAGUCUAGUUUCAAACAGGCUUUGGAAGCCCUACCUCAGCUCUCAAGUGGAGCAGAUAAAAAGUUAUUGGAAGAGCUGCUGAACAAGUUCAAGAGCAGCAUGCACUUGCAGCUCACCUGUUUCCAAGCUGCUGCUCCACCCAUGAUGAAAACAUAACGCUUCCAAAAUAAGGGCAAUCCAAAGAUAACAUGUAAUAAAACCAUUCACUUUCUUAAGUGCCCUAAAGGUAUUUGGUGUAUAAAGCAUUAGAUUUGCAAUUUCUCUCUCUCUCUCUUUUUUUUUUUACCCCGAAUUCGUAGCUUAGAAAGAUGUUGGUAUAUGUUUUAUUUCAACCAGAGUGACCUUAUUUGAAGUGCCGGAGCAGUAUUUGUUUUGCCACUCUUACUGCAUUAGGUCCUGGAUGACUCUGGUGGCUUGUUACCAAGUGUCUCCUGGUGAGUGCUGCGGGAGCGUGGCUGCGAUGUUCACAGGGGCAUCCUCGGUGUCACAUGCACUCGACUUUGAGGAUCAGCAGCUUCCGAGGCACACAGAGAGAUUGACGAGAAGAGAUUUGGGAAGUUCUGUAUAGACAUCUUUGGAGCUUUAACUGUCCUAAACUGUACAGCUGUUCUUCAAAACUUUAUUUCAUUCAAAUAGCUCUAAUCACCUAAUUCAAGUGGGCUUUUAGAAAAACUUGUGGUCUGCAUGAAAACAUAAUAUCUGGGGUAGGUUAUUUGUGGUCCAGAUGUCCAUGAAUUAAUUUUGCGUUUUGCUGCCUAAUUUUUAUUUUUGAAAGUGCUGAAACAUUAAGCACCUUUGCAUGUAGUUUUUUUUUUAUCUCACUCACUGUUAGUUUGCUGUGUCACCCGACGUCGAUGUGUCCUGUCCCUGAGGGGCCCAUUGUUGCAUGUGACGGGCUUGGGGACCAGUAGGUGCUGUCCGGAACAGCUGCAGGCCUCCCAUCUCCUCAAGAACAGCAGGCCCUGUGGUGGCGCAUCACUGUCCGCUCCUUCCCCUCUGCCGGUUUCUUUUCUCUCCACCACUUCUUACCCUUUCAAGUAUCUUGCUCAGUAGCUAAAAGAACACUGCCCUGGCACAGUCUGUGUUUUCUGAGGCUUUGAAGACGCUCCUCAGUCACCAGGCUGUAGGAGCUGCUGGUGAACCGUGAGCUGUCUGUCCUGCAUCGGCUGCUCACUUCCUUUACCGGAAUAGUUGCAGGGCACUGUGACCUCUUUCAGAGUCAGUUUCCCUAGCUGACUGACUUCAUCAUGCCAUUUGCUUCAGAAAACUGAGUAAUUCUCUAUUUGUAGUCUACUUGUCAGGAUUUUCACAUUUUUCUUUGGGUAUCACAGAAUCCUCUUUUUUUAAUGCUGAAAUUAAUAUCUUUAUUAAUAAAAGUAAUUUUAGAGUACAGGAUACACAGUACCCAUUAUUUGAAAUAAGUCAGUGUUGUUUUGUUUGUUCAUUUGGUGUAUGGGGGGAAAUCACAGUAACUAGAAGUAAAAGUUUAAUCUUUUACAAAUAUGCUUGGUAAAGCUUAUUAAGAAAUAUAUGGGAUAUUGUCUCUCCUAAGCCAUUUCACCGUUGUAUCUAACUUGACUAUAAACUAAAUUGCAAACUGCAAUUCUGAAUGUUUGUGUAUUUUAAAAAGCUAGUUCAGAGCAUUCAGCCAUUAAAAAAUGUAUCUUCAACACAAGAUGUAAUUUAGUUGACAUUUUUUCCCUAAGCCAUCUUUAUUUCAACAUUUUUAUUAGCUGUGUAUGUCUUUUUAUAUGUCUAGUUUUAACACUCAAAAUAAAUACUUAAAUUCUGGUUUA